UACAGUAGCCCUCCUUCUCUGGCACUACAGAUUCCAGCGAAAGCAAACGCGACGAAGCUGGCUGCUGCGCCUGCAAGUGCAUGCACAUCGACCUCAAGCUUUACUCACUCUCAAAACCAGUGCCACUCCGGCCAGCACCGUGCCAGUCUUGUCAGGCUAUGAAGCGUAGCUCAAGGUCAACACAAUAGACGGUGAGCUACGCACAACUCCCCUCUCCGCUUCUACGAUGUCGCGAGCCCCCAGGCGAUCAUCACCACCGUGCGCGGCCAUCCAAGUAGAUGAUCAGCACGUCUUGUACUCGCCCUGCACUACACGACGUCGCCUCCCCAUGAGCCCUCCUCGAACGUCUCUACCGUCUCCACUUGGGCCCCCUCUUAGCAAGAGCAAGGCGAGGCGAGGCAGUGGCACCGGCUGCGCACCACCGAAAGUCGAGUCCUUCACCUCCCGCUACGACGCCGCCAUGCUCACGGCUUCUUCACGGUCAACAAGUACGCAGGUCUCAAGAGUGGCUCAACGAAGGCUACCUUCCUCUCGAAGCAGCCCCAGCCUUCCUCGCACCGUCUCCUUGAACUUGUCCACUCCAAAAAUGUCCAAUGUUUUCCAGCAAAUCGCUGAGGCCAAGGCCGCCGAUGUCCGCGCCCUGUGGCCCAUUCUACACGCGAUCAAAGAGGCGUACGAGGCUCUUGGAUGGUGCAUCGACGCCGAGUACACGAUGCCAUUCUUUUCUCAGCCAGAGGCGUUCAUCAAGAUCCACGCCGAGUUUGCUGUUCCUGGUGUCUUCGCGUGGAUGGACUCGGCCCGAGACGUUCCCACUCUCCCCUUUAAGCCUCCCCUGCUCGUCAACUGGCCUCACAUGGCGACGUACCUCAAGACGCUGUUCAUGAGCAGCCCCGUCUUUUGGUUCGUCGUCAACCUCUACAAUGGCGUGACACUCAGUGGGCCCCAACGGGAGUUUGGACACUCGGCCGCUCAAGCGACGGAGACCGCGGAGGGAAAGUCAAGGCCCCCUCUCUACACGGCAUGGGACGAUGCGCACGAAGUUCUGACGCACGUCACCUUCGGUGUCCGGGACUGCAUCACCUUCCACCGCUACGCCGCCUCGGUCAUGGACAUGUCAAAGGGCAGACUUUCGGAGCUGGACCCCGUGGCCUUCACGUACGCCUACAUCGGCGCGAAGGAGCUUGCCGACUCGUUCCGCUGGCGCAUACCAAUGAGCAAGGGCAAAAAGUACGACGACUUUCUCGCUUCGAAGCUUGGCCCGCGACGCGCUGAUGUCGGAGGAGUCAAUGCCACCAACUGCUUCUCCAACGCCGUGCGGUCAUUCAUUGGUCGCCGUGACGCCCGCAGGAAGGAAGCUCCGCGUAGCGACAACGGUCAUCUCGACUUCCUGCUGCAUACCGGAGUGGGCGACAUGACUCUGGCGUGCAGGGCAAUCGUGGGGCUGAUGAGGUCGGUCGACGCUGGGUGGAACAUUAAUAUCAGGUGCGACCUCAAAGGAGCUGGCAAGGCAUGGGUCAUCGCUCUGCCGAGCUGCUUCUCGGGCGCAUCCUCGAUGCUUGAUCUUUCCACAGAAGCCGUUCACGAGCCCGGGCUGGAAAUUAUGGCGCCCGCGACGAGCGUCAGGUGCACAUUGUACCUCACGGAGCGCUCCUACGCGUCGGCUCCUCUGGCGCCUUUCAUGGGCAGGCUGGAGGAAGAAAGGGUUAUUGCGCUUCAUGACAUCCUCGUCGAGACGGACACGGCGAGCGUAGUGACCAAAUGGCCUCGCAGCGUUGCCGACGAUCAUCAAGUACGCCACACCUUCCUCAGGAUCAUCGGCGAAUACGCUGGCCAGGCGGACGUCGACGUCGUGCUGGCCCAUGCGCCGCCCCACCUUCAAGGCUGGCGCAACCAUAGUCCCGCCUCUCAGUCCGGCUCGAUGCCAUCCGCCAUGCGUCUCCUCGGCUGCUCAAUGGCUCGAGGUAGCUUUGCGCGAAUUGGCGGCGCAAAGAACGGCCGCGUCACGGUUUUCUCGGAGAACAGGCGCUCGAGCACCCAGCGAGUCCCCGCAGCCGGCGAAGCUCACUGCCUCUUGCUUUCCGUGGACGACAAGGGCGACCCAUGGUAUGCAUAUCGCCCUCUCGACGAUUAUAGGUCUGCCGUCACGUGGCAUCGCUUGAGUCUCGCGGUGAGCAAGGCCAUGCAGCUCUGCAUCAACGAGGCUAUGGCUACUUUUGGUCGCACACCGCUACAUCGCAUCGACAGGCCCCUGAGGAAGAGCAACGGGAGCGAGGAUGAAUUUCUCGACAGCUUGCUGGCCGGUGCCGACAUGGGCAAGGCGAAGACGACCUUCCUGGGCAUACAAAUACCUAUUGGCGGAUGCGCGCGGCUGGACGGUCAUGCAGACCAAGCUCGAGCUCUUCCGUCGCCUCAGCCGUGGGGCUCGCAAGGAAGACCCCUACUUCAUCGAGCUGAAGUCGAAGAAAAAUUUCUCCUGAUGGUCACUCCAUCGGGCCCCCACCACCACUACCACGAGUCGACAGACCUCGCAGCCAACGCACCGCAUCCGGGGCACCAAGCCUCAACCGCCAACUGCACCCAAGGACAUGCAGCCUGCGGGCCCACCAGGACACGCAUCCAUUGCUCAACUUCCUUGCUUGGUGCAAAGACUGUUGCGCGGGGGCAGAAGGAUGUGUUGAAGGCAUAUCGUUUGCUGCUUGCUGCCAACGCUCCCCGUCGGCCCUCCGCGGCUCGCGCCCGACCUAUUCCUCACAUGGUCAGCCCUCCCCGCCCUCUUGCUUCUGAAUUCACACCCAAUCUUAUCAUCGCUCUCGUAGCAUCAUGCACCUUUUCGCGCUAGCCUUGACUGCUUUAUCUUCCAUCGUUGUCUUCGUCGAGGCCCAACAGGGGGGCAUAGGCAAGGGGCGACCAAGCAACCCCAUCAAUCCUAAGGCGAGCACCAGACCUCUGAACCCACCCCGGGCAUGCGUGGACACCAA